AUGGCUACAAACUGUGCUAGUUGCCAUUCAUUGGUAAAUCGCUCGAAGCCAGGUAUACCGUGCGAUGGUUUUUGUGAACAGUCUUUUCACAUUUCUUGUGUGGGAAUUCCAUCAGAUGUAUUGAAAGUAAUAAAAACACCUGGUUUAUUCUGGUACUGUCCUACAGGCUCUCAGCAGAAAAAAGAUUUUGAUCGAGUAUUUAUCAAAAUUGAUGAUAAAGUAGAUACACUUAUUGCUGAUGUUUAUAAUAUUUUCUCCGAGGCUAAAGGUCAUCUGAUAAAUAAGGUUGAUGAAACUUUGGAACAGACUGUCUCACAAAGGGUCCCGGGUCCAAGUGCCUCAUAUGCAAAUACCUUGAAAAAGACUGUGAACGUGAUUGUUACGCCAAAAAACAAUGAUCAGUCUCAUUCUGCUACGAGGCUUAGAAUUAGUCAGUCUGUUGACCCUGUAGAUAACAAUAUAAGAUUUUCUCAGGUGAAAAAUAUAAAAUACGGUGGAAUACUGAUCAAAUGUGAUGGUUCGGAUGAUGCCAAUAAACUGAAGGAUUUGGCGUCGCGGCACCUUUCUGCCGAUUAUGAGGUGAAGGAGGUGAGGAAGUUCAACCCGCGCUUAAAAAUUGUUGGAAUGUCUCAGUGUAUCGAAAAAGAGGAGUUGUGUACAAUGCUGAAAUCUCAAAAUAAUGCGUUUCAUGCUGAAAGUGAGUGUAGUGUUUUAAAAGUUUGGCCAACAAAAAAAUCAGCUACUGUUUAUCAAGCUAUUUUAGAUAUAGAUUGUACUACUUAUGCUAGUGUUCUCAAUCAAGAAGAAGUGAGGAAAUUAGCAUAUACCUCUGCUGUCAAAUUUGACAUGCGUAACAUUCCUGAAUCUUGGCAUAGAAAUAAAGAAGCUGGAGCUGAUUGGUUGGCGGGUUUUCUAAAAAGAAAUACGUCUUCGUCCAUAAGAACUCCUGACGCUACAAUUGCAGGACGUGCAUCUUCUUUUAACCGGCACAAUGUCAACGAAUUUUUGCUUGGAGACAUCAUAUUGAAAUUGAAUCAUAACGAAGAAUCACAGGUACAAGAAAUUGCAGACCCUGAAGAGCAUCAGUUAGAUUACAAUAUGGAAGCCAUUCCAGGUAUUGAGCCACGCCUAGCAACAACAGGAUCAAUGAUCAACGAACAUCAACCAGGUCCUUCGAACAUUACUGAUUUUCCAAAGAAUGUCACUCAAGUAAUAUCUCUCAUAUUUUCCCCUGAAGCCAUCAAACCCUUACCAAAAGUACCUCCAAGUCUACAGCAACUAAGCGCCGAAUUAGAAAAUCUGCAAUACUGA